AUGCUUAGUAAUAUUAUUGUCAGCUCAUGGUCAGAUACUAACCCUGCAACAAGCUUAAGUUCCAUUGAUUAUGCUUCAGUAUUGAAAUUAUCGUUCGGAGGAGGUGAAUAUGAACGUGAAGGAGUUGCUCGUGUAGAUUACCGUAAUUACCCGUUUCGACAAGAGAAGUAUGGUAAGGCCCUUAUAAUACUGGGUUCUUGUAAUGGCUUGAUCUGCUUAGGUGUUUUUAAGGGUUCUUCAUGUGAUUUAAGAAAAAAUCAUCCAAUUUAUAUUUGGAAUCCUUCGACGAAAGAAUAUAAAGAAAUUCCAGAAUGUAAGUUUUCAAGUAACAAGUUCAAAGUAAAAUACGGCUUUGGUUAUGAUAACGACAUCGAUGAUUACAAGAUGGUACGUAUUUCAGAUGGUGAAAAUCAUGGAUGUUUAGAUAUUCAAGUUUAUACAUUGGGGUCAGAUUCAUGGCAUCAUGUUUUAACCAUCUCUUGCUCGUUUUCCUCUGACAGCACUUUUUUUAGUGUGCUUUUUAAUGGAUCUCUUCACUGGUUGGGCGUUACAUCUUCUGAAGUUAUAUUUGCUUUUGAAAUUUGCAAGGAGAGACUUGUGCAUUUGAUGCUUCCAGAAAAAACUACAGAAGGUUGGGAAGAAGAAGACGAAAAUGCAAUUAAAGUUGUGGGAGUGUUGGGAGACUGCAUUUGUUUUAGUAUUUGGCCGGGCCAAUAUAUGGGUCAUGCAGGAUUAUGGAGGACAAAAUUCAUGGACUAA